UUCGUCGCCACAACGCCCACUGACAGAAGGAAGCCAGUGGUCGCAGCCAAAUGUACACAAACACCCAGCUCCUUCUAUUGUCAACCAUAUUCCGGCUAAACGCCCACUUUCUGCAGUCCCGAGGCCAUUGCCGGAUAACAACAACAUUCAGAAACCCUCGAGCAAGCUACCAGCUUGCUUGAAGAAAUUGGUGCGUUCAAUAGUGAGGACGUUUUAUUCAAGGGAGCAUUCGCUGAUUGUGGAUAUGCUUGUGAGGAAUACUAUAAUGAAAGAGGACGAUCUGUGCGAACGCCUACGGUUCGAAAAGAAGCAACUGAGACAGUACUUGCAUACACUCAAAACCGACCAAUUCAUCAAAUCGAAGCUCCAACUGGAGACGGAUGCGGAGGGGAAAACCACCAAGAUUACGCACUAUUUUAUUGAUUAUAAGUUGUUUGUCAAUGUGGUCAAGUACCGACUAGAUCAGAUGCGGCGACGUCUUGAGGCAGAACAACGUCAGACCACGAGCAGGGCUAGUUUUCGCUGUGUUUCUUGUGCCACCACUUACACCGACUUGGAGGUGGAUCGUCUGAUAAGUUUGGAUAAUCCGGGAAAGCUGGAAUGCGUAUAUUGUCGGGCGGAGGUCGCCGAAGAGGAAGACAAUGUAUCAAGGACAGAUGCCCGUGCGCUGAUCGCUUCAUUUCACCAUCAGGUCCGUGAUCCCAUUGACGCCAUGUUGCGCGAGUGUGAUGAAAUUCACUUGUCUUCCUCCAUACUAGAACCAGAAAUUCGACCGCUGGAACCGCUGAAAGACGAAUCCGAACGGUCCUUGGACGCGGUCACCACCACCAAACCGCCCUGGGAAACCAGGCCGUUUGCCGAGACAGAUAAUAAGCAGAAUUCAACACCCACUGUGGCAGCCGAGAACAAAGUUAGGAUUGUUCUGAGCGGUCAGUCCAGUGUAUCGUCUCCAGUUGUUAAACAACGUCCUAUUUGGAUGUGUGACAGCACCAUCAACUCAGGUCAAUCCGCUGAUAACGCCUUCACCCCGGCGAUGGGAGCAGGCGUUACUUUGAGCGACUCGCUGACACAGACCCUCACUCCUGGUCGGGUUCCCACCGGGUUCUCUACACUUGGAGCCACGAGCCUCAAGGAAACAUCCUCCGACGCGUCCGGUUCAGCUAACCCAACUUCCUCUGCAACAAGUGGUGACAUAAUGCAGUUGUUGCUGAUUCACGAACGCCGAGGGAUAUCGUCGCACACUGCCAGCAAAAGUAUGCAACCUUCGGGUACGUCAUUCCCAAUUGGAAUGUUUUGA